CAACCAGAAAAUUCAAACCAAACUCUUUCUGAAACUAAUGAGAACCAAACACCACAUACUAAAGAUCCAGAAGACAAUGAUGUCAUUAUAACAGAUUCAAAUAAUGAUGACAAUGCUAAUACUAAUGAACCUAAUAGAUCUCAACAAAACUCUGAUCCUAAUACUAAAUCACAGCAGGAGCCUUUGCUU